GGUCACAUGACCUGCCCUCUGAUCUGAUAUCAAACCCGCGUCUGUUUUCAGCUCAUUCAUUGCCGAACAUCUUUCAUAUCCCACCAAGAUUAACUAUAAUUGUUGGUGUUUGCCUCUUGUUGUUGUGUCGAUACAAAAUCUGUCCUCGUUAGUAUACCGUCGUUGUCAGGACUGUUAGUUAACUCAUAGAGCUUGUUUCUCGCGGCUUCGCUCAUACCAAGCAUCACGUAACUUGCAGCUUCCCGCCUAGAAGCAGCAAACCCGAAACCCUGAACUUUGCUCCCAUGGGAUUCACUACCGACGAUUCCUUUUGAAUUCACAUGCGCCCUUCCUUCAGCAGUACCCAUUCUCGAUAAUACCUUAUUCGCGACACGGAAUCUCAAAACAAUGAGCUCAACGCCACCCAAUCCGCCUCCGCCGGGGCGAGCUCCUCCCGGCCAACCUGGGCCGCCGAUGAGAAUCCGCCGUCCCAAGGUAGACCCGUUGGUUCGACCUAAGCAGAAACGGACCCCACGACCGCAAGGACAAGGACAGCCCGGAGCAGGGCCAGUCACGAAUGGCAGAGUAGGAUCUCCAAAGCCACGACCUCCGCAAGCCGCGCCCAGACCUGCACCAGCCAAACCUGCUAUUCCCAGCGCGGACGACUUAACAGUAAACGGAUUCAGCGGACCGUUACUCUCCGAGACAUACGUCGAUUAUCCGUUGAUUACUACUAAGCGCGCAUGGAGAGAGGGAUUGAAACACCACGUUGCAAAGUUUGCCUCGAAGAAGAACAUAGAUCCAAGAGAUGAAUCCAGUUUCACACGGCCGGUUAGAUUGCAGCGACGCGAUCCUCGAGCUUCGAAUACUGGUCCUGCGGUGGAGAGGGAUGACCAGCACCCUCGGAGGCACGGCGAGCUCAACGAAGCUGAGCGGGAGGAAUUGGAGGCAAAGAAGGCCGCUAGAGAGAAGGAACGGGCGGAAAACUUGGCACAAAUUGCCCCGUCAGCUUCUGUUACGCAGAAAAAGACUAACGCGCCGAAGCCGCGGACCCAGCAGGUGUUCAAGUCUGAGAUGACGCCGGCAGAAAUUGCGAAAGCGCGGAUCAAGUACGAGGAGGCGCUACCCUGGCAUCUUGACGAUUUCGAUAAUAAAGGCACUUGGGUUGGGAACUAUGAAGCCGCCAUGUCGGGAACGUAUGCGAUGUUCGUGCUUCAAAAUGACGGAAAGAUGCGAAUGGUUCCCCUCGACAGGUGGUACAAAUUUACAACGAAGACGCCCUUCAAGACUCUAACUAUUGAAGAAGCGGAGAAGUUUAUGGCGAAGAAGGCUAAGGAUCCCCGGUGGGUCAUGGAGAAGGAGCAGGAUAGAGCCCAGAAGAAAGCGCUGGAGGACUAUGCGAGACAAAGUAGACUCUUUACUGGUAGGAGAGAAGGAUUUUCGGGAGUUAGCGAAGGCUUUGAAGGAGAUGACCUGGAUUUUGAGGAAGACAGGUUCGCCGAUGAUGAAGAACAUGUAGGCAUUCUUGACGAUGAUGAAGAUGCCAAGGUAGCUGAAAAGAGAAUAAAAGAAGACCAGCUUAAGGCGAACAUCUUCGACCUCAAAGAUGAGCAUAUGUACGAUCAAGAAGAGAAUCAGGAGAAAAAGGAGAAGGAGGCCCUCAAGAAUUUCGGCAAGCAUGUUCGGAAAGCUCUUCAACGAAGAGAGAAGAAUUUCGACUACAGCAGUGGCUCAGACGCCAAUCCAUAUUCUGAUGAGAGCUCGGAUGAUUCCGAGACAGAGCGAUUAAAGGAAGAACAACAAAAGCUAGAAGAGGAACGCGCCAAGAAAGAAAAGGGCAAAGAAUCCGACAAGAACUCCGGAAUAUCAUCAAAGGGCACAAAUACCCCCUCCGGGCGCUCCAAACACACAGACCCUCUCAACAAGAAAGCCGCAUCCCGCGCCGCUCGAAAACGACCCGGCUCCCCCAACCUCUCCGACGCCAGUGGCACAGAUACCUCCCGCAAAAAGCCCAAGAGCAAACACGCCGAUGCCGAGCCCGGCUCGCGGCCCAUGUCCCCAGGCCCCUCUGGCCAUCGCAAGCCAGGAGUACCAGCAGACCAAGCCGGCAAGAAACGUAGCCGAAACGGACCAGCUGGGUCUGGAUCUGGCAGCGAUGGUGAACGCGGUAUAGGCUCUGCUGCUGAAAUGAGCGAUUCGACCGCUGCUGGCGCUAAGAAGCGCAAGCCCAACCAGCCAGGGGUCAUGUCGAGGACGGGGACACCGCGGGGUUCGCGUGCGGGGAGUCCUGCGGGUCUUGUACCUCCGCGCACAGGACCUGGCUCUGGAGUUAAUUCACCAGCCCCACCAACCCGCACCUCCACGCCCGGCCUAUCAUCAUCAGCAAACCUCACCUUCCCCACCGCGUCGGAAAUUCACUCCGCCAUCCCGCCUACGGGCAUCGCCAGCGCCGAGCUACUAAAGAUCUUUCGCCCGCGCAUCGGCGAUUCGAAGGAAAAUCAUCGCAAGUUCAUCGCGAUUGUGCGGGAUGUGAGUAUUUAUGGGAAGGAGGAUAAGUUGUUGAGGCCUGGGGUUUUGAAGGAGGGGUCGGUGUGAUGAAUUUUUUUUUUCUCUUUCUCUUCUCUUCUCUCUGCUGGUUUCUUUAAAUUUAGUUUGUAUGUUUUUUUUUUUCCCCCUGUUUCUUCAAAAUUUAUGCUCUGUUCAUGGGUGGGUGCAAGCGUCUGGGUUUUUUUGACAUUGUUUGAUUUUGACGGAUCGUGAUCGUAAGCCCUUAAAGGGAUGGAGAUAUACAAAUAGAAAGCAGGAGAUUAAUACAAGGCAACGGGAAGGGAAAUGCUCCAGAGAAAAGAUAAGGGGGGUGGCCUGGCCUUUAUUUAGAGCUUGUCAUAUAUGCCCCUUUCAUAUCAUGAUUUUGUCAUUAUGGGUUUUACUUUGAAUUCCAGGACAGAUGGCUGGAGAUUGGCGAUUUCGGACAAUUAUAUCUUAAAUUUUAUCAGAGUUAUGGUUAUAUGUAUGGGCGGUUUCCCUUCCUGCCAUUCACGUUUCGUUGAGAAACUGAGCUAUCUUCCGGUCCGUUUUAAAAUCGGAUUAGUUAGAUAUGAAUUGUAUGACAAAAGAAGGUUGACUGGGUUUCCAACUACUCCGUACCUAUCUACGCAGUAAAUCUAUUCCAUCUAUCUAAUCCACAGCUAGCAAAACGGUAAUCACAAAAAGAGAAGAGGGCACUGUGUAAAAUGAAAACAAUCAAACUCAAAAAUAAUCAUAACAUAAAAAACCGUUAGGAAGAGUAUUAAGUAUUGGGAAUAAGAACCAAAUAAACAACCAUUGCAACUGAAACAUUCAUAAACACAAAAAAAAACAUGAGAAAAGGGAAAAAAAAAUUAAAUAAACGCCAACAUAUUUUCCACGUCUUCCGUGCCAAUUUCCCUGUCCAUAUGCA